GCCAGUUACACCAAUAGCAGUCUGCAAGAAUAUUGUUGUUAAAAUUUAGUGUGUUUAUUCAGUAUUAUUUCUCUGUGAUUUAAGUUAUAAUAAUUUUAAACUACCUCUAAGAACAUGGGUUUUUCAAGUUUAAGUCUUAAACAUUCCACUAUUAUUAUAGGAACAUUUUCCAGUAUAAUUUCCUUUAUUGCGAUGCUUUUGACUGCUACGUAUUCUGAACAUCCACAUGAACUUAUUGACAUGGCUGACCCUUCCCUUAUACCUGGACAUCAUGCUCUUAAAGUAAUUCUAAUUAUAUGUGCUUCAAUCAGUGGUCUUCAAUGCUUAUUCUCCAUUCUAAUAAUAUUUGGAGCUGAAACUAAUCGUCCAGCUUUACUACUUCCAUGGCUUAUAUACAAUCCAAUUUUUAUUGCAAUUUACCUGAUUGCUACAAUUAUUGGCGUUGUCAAUCAUAGUGACACAGAUAAGGCUCAUUUUGUGUUUGGACAUCUGGUUUUCUCUACCAUCAUUGCAGGAUUGUUUGCAUGGAAAUUCUCAAUUGUCUACAGAUUUUUCAAACACCUAAGAAGUCUAAACUUUUAAAUAAAUUUAAUUUAAC